CUUUCUUCAUCGAAACAAACUGCAGAAUCAAAAUUAUCUCGCCCUCGUGAUACAUACUCUGCUUAGAAACGGCGGACGUUACACAAAACUUCAAAAUGACCAAAUUGCAGACAAUAAUCCUAGCUCUAAGCUUUGCGACUCAGGCUACAUCCUUUUCACCACCCCAGGCAUGCCAACAACAAUUCGUACGCGGACAGAGCUUGCCGUCCACCCCCGCCGAAGGAGGGGAGGAGGAACCCAAGCUGCUUKUAGGAAACAUCGAAUCCGAGAUGCAAAGCGUCCGGGCAGAUUCGGGCACUGAGUACGACUUUGGAGCAAUCGACUUCCUUGCCCUGGCGAAGGAACGGGCUUCGGCACAGGUAGAAAGCAACAACAACGUGGCGGGGGAAGACGAGUGGAAAAAUCUCGCGGAAGAAAAGAAGGAGCAAUUUGGCGAAAUCGAUGACUGGGAAAACUCYAUGAAGGAAGCCGGAAACGCMGACAGCCAGAUUCUCAUGUUUACAGACACGUCCGAAGGGGACGAAGACGGCGAAGGCGGCGACGACGAACCCAAGCUGUUGCUGUUUUAGAAAAUCGGAAUCGAUUCCGAACCCUGCCGGAUUAGAUACACUCAUGCAGCGCUAAAAUCACAAAAGUGCUGCUCUAGGAUUUUUAGUGGCAACACCUAUAUGCUCGACGACGAUUAUAUUCCGUUGCCAUAUGUUAUUUUUACUCUCUGGGGAAACCRAUGGCAUACAUUCUCAACCAACAAAUUAAUAAGCAAGAU